AGGACCUUCUCACAUGUGCUGCUGGAAUUGCCCUGGAUUGCUGCAGAUUGCAGCAAUCACAGUGGCGCUCACCCAGGGGACCUGGGGACUUGGAGACCCUUGUCCUGAACCAUCCCGGCUUCCCACAAUCUCAUCCCAGUGGCGGAAGCUGACUCAACCCAUCUUUCCAUAAACCACCUGUCAACCACUACUGGCAAUUUUUCGGCAGCGGCAGCAUUUUGGUGACAGUUCCACCCCGGAGCCAUCCAGGAAGUACUUUUCCGGUGUGUGAUGGGAACCAUUGGGCUCCAUGGCAGAACUGAAAAUACUCGAUGAUGAUGAGAAAUUUUGGCUGUGUGAAGAUGUCCAUAGUCACAUCUAUCUGAUCAUCUGUUUUGUUUUUUUUCUUCCACAGUAUGACCAUGAAUAAGAGCACAGUGGAUAGUUUUCUACUACUGGGAUUCUCUGAUUUUCCAGGUCUGGAGGGCUUGUUCUUCUCUGCUUUCUUAACUAUCUAUUUAUUGAUUCUUAUUGAGAAUAUCCUUAUAAUUAUUGUCACCCUGGUUGACCGGGCACUUUCCAAUCCCAUGUAUUUCUUCCUCAGAAGCUUGUCUUGUGUGGAGAUCUGCUAUACCUCGGUUAUAAUCCCCAUAAUGCUUGAAAACCUUCUGUCAGAUGACAAAACCAUGUCAUUCAUUAGUUGUGCUUUUCAAAUGACCAUGUUCCUCAUAACAGGAGCAGCAGAAUGCUUCCUUUUGGCUGUCAUGGCAUAUGACCGGUAUGCUGCCAUUUGCCAGCCCUUGCAUUACAUGGUCAUUAUGAACAGGGAAGCAUGCUUUGGGCUGGUAGCAGCCUCAUGGCUAGCUGGAAUUCCAGUUCAACUUAGCCAAACUGUUCUCGUGUUCACCUCCCAUUUCUGUGACUCAAAUGAAAUCAACCAUUUCUUCUGUGACAUCCCUGCUUUACUCAAUCUAGUGUGUGGAGAUACAUCUCUAAAUGAACAGAUAGCACUCGUGGAGGUCGUAGUACUGGCACUAAUUCCAUUUAGCCUGAUCUUUUUGUCAUACCUCUGCAUUGGUAACACUAUUCUGAAGAUACCAUCUGUGGAAGGAAAGCGCAAGGCCUUCUCAACAUGUUCUUCACAUCUUAUGGUGGUGGUGGUAUUCUAUGGCUCUGGAAUGAGUGUGUAUUUGACACCGAAUUCAAAUCAUUCUCUGGACACAAAUAAAUUUCUGUCACUCUUUUAUACUAUCCUUCCAGCAUUAUUGAACCCUCUUAUUUACAGUUUGAGGAACAAGGAAAUUCAAGGUGGUCUUAAAAAGUGUGCCUCAUCCUUCUUUUCAUUAAAUAAAUAGAAACCAAAAUAAAUGUAAAAUACUGAGUCAAAUUCCUCUCCAGUUGAUCCUAUAUCCACUGUUAAGGGUAUGAAAUCAAUUUCAGUAAUAUUUGAAUGAUCACAAAUGUUAAAAUAAAACAAAGCAUAAAAUAAAACAAUUUCGUUCUAAGUAAUGAAUGGAUGGGGUUAACAGAAAAAAAACCCACUCUGAAUUACACUGAGUAUAAAAGGAACUUUUUUGAGGCAAAAAUCACCAAGUGUACAACAAGUAGAAAGUGUAAAGCUUAAGGAUUAUAUUGCCUCAGGAUGGAAAAGGGAGACGGGCGAUCUCAUGGAGUGGGACAGUGUCAUUGGUGAAACAAGUCAAUGCAGAGUCUUGAAAAGGAAAUAUCUUUAUACUAUACUAAAGAACUGGGAGUUCAUUAUUAUUAAAUAGGUAAUAAUCUAGAUUAUUACUUUCCUUUGUCUAAAAGCAGGGGCAGAUAUGGGUGUUUUGAUGCUUUAUUUAUGUAUACCCUAUCCUUCAGUCAAAAAGGCUUACAAAGAUUUCAUUAAGCAGUUCCUUAAUAUGCGGUAUGUUCCUUAUAGUCUAAAUAAAUAAGACAGGACAUAGAAGGAAAAGGAAUGGCAAUGGAAGAGGCGAUGAAGUCCAGUACAUAAUAUAACUGAAUUGGAAGAGAUCCUUCCCCUGCCAUACUGUUUCCUGUUUUCUCACUCAAACACUAGAGCAGUUGCAUUUGCUACGCAGCAAGAUUCUUCACCAGCUAGUGCCCAGGCAUAAUGGAUCUGUGUUUUGAGUAUUCCGAUAUGAACUGACAACUCUGUGUUAAAUAUGAGUUGAACAAAUUUCAAAUUUUACAAAUGAGGAGGGUUAGAGUUUUUGGAUCAUACAAAGAUAUUAAAUUGAUGUAUCUAUUUAAAUUUUGGAAAAGCAGAAAAGAUUGAAUUCAACAUAAUUUUGAGGUAGUAUGGGUAAAAGAAUCUUAUUUAUAAAAGUAUCACUAUUGCUCAGUGGCUGGUAGUAGUAUAUGACUAAAACUGUGUAUUUCUCUCACACUGAACACUUUUGUAAAGAGCUGAAAACUUGGUUUUUUUAGCAGGCCUUUGACAAUGUUUAAGAUAGUUGCCAGACUGAUUGCCAAUUAACACCUUAUAACUAUUUUUAAGGGGAAUACAGUCAGGAUGCUAAAUCAUUGUAUGGAUCUUUUAAUCAUGGCUAUAGCCAUAUUUUUGGAGCCUCCGGUGGCUCAGUGUGUUAAAGCGCUGAGCUGCUGAACUUGCAAACCGAAAGGUCCCAGGUUCAAAUC